AUGUUGGUCGGAGAUGUUCCUUUGGCUUUUCUCACAAAUUUUGGAUGCUACAUCCACAAAACAGGCGCUUUUGACUCGGUACUAGGAAAUAAUUUUUUAUUGUAUGCUGGUACGCAGCCAGACGGGUCCAUCGGGUGUGGAUUGUCGGUCGAUGCUUCUCCCUUGAAUCCGUCCGAAGAAACAUGGUUCUACGACUUUUCUACCGAAACCUGGACAAAGACCGUCUUUGCUGGAUCGCGGCCUCCCGCUUUAAUUGAUGUGCAAGGUGUCUACAUUGAACCUUACAUGUACGCGUUUGGAGGUUUCAAAUACGAGUGUCCCGGGGACGGACAAGUGUACAAUCCUGAUACAUAUCGCUACGAAGUCACUCUACCCACUCCAAGACCAACAGUGAGCCCCACGUCAAUGCCCACCAAAGAACCAGAACCCAACGCUACUAGCGGAACGCUUUCGAGCACCGGCUUCAUCAAAUUGGCGAUUAUUGUGCUCAGUUUUAUGAUGUCGCAGAACAAUUUGUAUCCGUAA